GGGCCGCCUAGAGAUUUAAUUACGGAUCUGUGUUCGCGCAUUAUAUUAUACGAGCCGUUUUUCCUCACUGUUACCCUUAUUUUAUUGAUUUAAAUGUGUCUGGUUUUUUCCGUUUGCUAAGAACAAAAACCUUUCUCUAUGAAAUAAAACCCGCUCUCGAGUCGCUUGACAUCGGACCCGCUCGUUGAUUCUAAAGCCAGUGUUUUUGUUAGUGAGCGAUCCUGGGACGCGCGCUCGGUCUGUCGGCAUGUUCGGAUACCCGUCUGCAGGAUUAUAACCACCGGAAAACACCACCGCAGUCAAUAAAUUUGUGAGAGCUCAAAACAAUGAUGGACCAUUUGGCAACUACUAGUGGCACCCAGGGGCCCGUCAUGUGUGAAUCCUCUUAUCCUCCAUGUAAAAUGGCCCGUAUGGAGAAUUCAAGAGAUCUACCUGUACCGGGAGUCACUCCUGUGAGCCUGAGCUCCAAACAAACAUCAUUACACACUAACAGGAGGAAAGGUAGUCUGCUUCCCGUGUUCUGUAUGGUGGAGCAGAGUGACGUCCCACCCUCAGAGAGGAAGAGGUCGGAGCAUGCAGAAUUUGUGCUGUUGAAGAAAGACCUGCUGUUCAGCCAGAUUACAGAGGCUGCACUGCAAGAGCUGGGAUACACACACACCGCAGCGGCUCUGGCUACAGGUCAGGUUCAAGUUGGUCAUUGGAACCCUGUGUCCCUGUCCACUGUGACAGACACCUCUGACGCAACAGUAGGAGACAUGCUUCAAGAUCUUUACCAUGUCAUCACCUUAAGAAUAAAGCUACACAGUGUUUCUAAAUUAGAGGACUUGCCUGCUGAGCAGUGGACUCAUUCUACCGUCAGAAAUGCCCUGAAGGAGCUGCUGAAAGAGAUGAAUCAGAGCACACUGGCUAAAGAGUGUCCAUUAUCUCAGAGCAUGAUUUCAUCAGUGGUGAAUGGCACUUACUACGCCAGCAUCUCUGCUGCGAGAUGUCAAGAGUUCGGCCAGUGGUACAAACACUACAAGAGGGCAAAAUCUAUGAUGGGCGACAUGAACAGGCACUGCAGCCAACCCUCAUCCUCCAGCCAGCCCACCAUGUUCCAGCAACCAAUGGAAGGCAGUGGGGCGGAGUCACGUGGUAUUGUCCAGAUGCAGGCUGGAAUGCCUGGUCUAGUGAUGGCUCAGCUCCUUUCACAGCAGCAUGCCAUGUCUCAGCUUCUCACACAUGCUCACACGCACUCACACGGCCCUCAUCCUGCGCCACUAAGGACUCCUCCGAAAUGCAAUGUUUCCCCACCCACAGUGGCUCAAUGUCCCUCACCUGUCACAGAUGUGUCACCUGAAAUUUACCACUGGGUGCGUGAGGAACUAAAGAGGGCAGGGGUUUCCCAAGCGGUGUUUGCACGAGUGGCAAUCAACAGGACUCAGGGCCUGUUGUCGGAGAUCUUGCGCAAGGAAGAGGACCCACGGUGUGCAUCUCAGUCUCUUUUAGUUAACCUUAGGGCCAUGCAGAGCUUCCUGCAACUGCCACAAAGCCAGAGAGACUCGAUAUAUCUGGAGGAAAGAGAGCGGAACCUUAACUCUACCUACAACACCAAUACAAGCUCACCUCUGCCCAUUCAGGCAAAACUUUCACCGGUUUCCAAGGACAUUGUAGUGAAAGUGGAAUGCGACGAUUCUGGAAUAAACUACGGCAUCUAUGAUGAAAUACAGCAGGAAAUGAGACGGGCAAAAGUGUCACAGGCCUUGUUUGCAAAAGUCUCUGCAGCAAAGAGUCAGGGCUGGCUUUGUGAGCUCCUGCGCUGGAAGGAGGAGCCAUCGCCUCAGAAUCGUACACUGUGGGAAAAUCUGUCUCUGAUUCGCCAGUUCCUAAAUCUCAGCCAAUCAGAGCGAGACGUUAUAUAUGACCAAGAGAGCAAUACUGGGCAGACGUUCUACUCAGAAAAACACACAAGACCACUGACUGAACAGCUACAAGUGAUGCCUCAGCAUGUACUGCCUCUAAAGCAACACCAACAACUGCAUAAAAUUCCACCUCAGCAUCAUCAACCCUUUCUCCCGCAUCACCUCAUCGCCGGAUGUCCCAAAGACACUCACAUGGGCCCAAAUAUUGGAGGCAGGUCUUUACCACCAGAAGCCCAUGCAAUCCUCCAGAGCUUCAUUCAGGAAGUGGGACUACAUCCAGACCAAGAGGCCAUUCAUACACUAUCUGCUCAACUGGGAGUAGCUAAAGAAGCUGUUCUCAGCUUUUUCAAUGGUCACAACUGGCUUCGACAGGAAGAACAGGACAGCGGAGGAGAAAGAGAGAUUGAGGAAGGGGAAGACGAUUACAUGGAGGCAGAGGAGGAAUGCAGGGAUACAAUGGAAAACGACGAGGAGACGAAUGCAAACAUGAUGACAGGGAAUCAAGAUGUGGUGGAGCAGAAUGCAGCUACACAAACUCGCUUUAUCAUCACUAUUAAAAAAGAGGAGGGGCUUCCAUGUAAGGAGGAGCGUGAUAGCCCCGCCUACUGCCAAUUCAUAAACUCCUAAAAAAUACAUACACUACCGUUCAAAAGUUUGGGGUCAUUUUGUUUAAAUGAAAUUUAAUAUUUAAAAUCAGGAAGGAUGCAUUAAACUGAUCAAAAGUGACAGUAAAGACAUUUAUUAUAUGAAAAAAGAAUUUAUUCAUUUUAGUGUACUGAAAAAUAAUGUGCCAUGGAUUCCACAAAAGUAUUAAGCAGCACAACUGUUAUUUAUUUAUUUAUUUUUAUUUAUGUACUGUUUUUAGAAUCAUAUUAGAAUGAUUUCUGAAGGAUCAUGUGACACUGGAGUAUUAGAAAGGCUAUAGAAAUUAGAAAAGUUAUUUUAAAUUGUAAUAAUAUUUGACAAUUUUACUGUUUUUACUGUAUUUUUGAUCAAAUAAAUGCAGCCUGAGUGAGCAUAGGAGACUUCAAAAAAUAUAUAAAAAAAAA